AAAAGUGUAAAACAUGGUACCAACAGUUGGAAACACUGAACAAAAUCUGUUCUGAAAUAUGUUUUGGGUGCAGUUCUUUUCUAGGCAUGCCUCUGUGCAGAAGAUUUUAGCAAUAAGCAGUGUAACCAGAUGCACUUCAAAAUCAGUUAAACAUGGCCGGUCUGUGUCGUUAAGAAGCAUUUUCUUUAACUCUGUCAAAUACUAUCCCACUAAAUUAGUUCUGGGAAUUGAAACCAGUUGUGAUGAUACAGCAGCUGCUGUGGUGGAUGAUACUGGCAAAAUCUUAGGAGAAGCUCUGCAUUCUCAAAAUGAAGUCCAUUUAAAAACAGGUGGGAUUAUUCCUCCAGUGGCACAGCAACUUCACAGGGAAAAUAUUGAGCGAAUAGUAAAAGAAACACUCUGCGUCAGUGGAAUCUCUCUCGAUGAGCUCUCUGCUGUUGCAACUACUGUAAAGCCAGGACUCGCUUUAAGUCUCGGCGUGGGAUUAGAAUAUAGUUUAAAAUUGGUGGACAAGUAUAAAAAACCUUUCAUCCCUAUCCACCACAUGGAGGCACAUGCACUUACAAUUAGGCUGAUAAACCAAGUGGAAUUCCCUUUCUUAGUUCUUUUAAUCUCUGGAGGCCACUGUAUCCUGGUAGUAGCACAAGGAGUUUCAGAUUUUCUUCUGCUUGGACAGUCAGUGGAUAUAGCACCAGGAGACAUGCUUGACAAGGUAGCAAGAAGACUCUCUCUAACAAAGCACCCAGAGUGCUGCAGAAUGAGUGGUGGGAAAGCUAUAGAGCACUUGGCCCAACAGGGAAACAGGCUGCAUUAUGAACUCGGAGCUCCCAUGCGACAUCAUCCUAACUGCAAUUUUUCCUUUUCUGGACUUCGCUCCAAAGCCACUAGAAUAAUUAUGCAAAAAGAAAAGGAAGAAGGUUUACAGGAGGGACACCUCCUGUCCUGUGUUACAGACAUUGCUGCUGCAGUACAGCAUGCAGUAGCACUUCAUAUUGCCCAGCGAACACACCGGGCCAUUCUAUUCUGCAUAAAAAGUGGCAUCCUAUCACAAACAAAUGCAACUUUGGUUGUAUCAGGAGGAGUUGCAAGUAAUCAGUAUAUCCGAAGAGCUCUGCAAAUUGUAACAGAUGCAACUAACUUCAAUUUGCUGUGUCCUCCUCCCAGACUCUGUACUGACAAUGGUGUUAUGAUUGCCUGGAAUGGCAUUGAAAGGAUGCGUGCAGGUUUAGGUGUGUUAAAUAGCACAGAUGGCAUACGCUAUGAACCAAAUGCUUGUUAUAUUAUAGAGCUUCUCUUGGAAUUGAUAUCUCAGAACGAGUUGGAGAAGUUGCCAUCAAGGUACCAAGUCUAGAAGUCUCCCUAAAUGAACUUUCAACUAUCAACUUAUGACACAUCUAGUCUGGGAAUUAUUGUUCAUGGCUAUUAUUAAAAUGUUUAUGUUUCCUCUUACUAAGACAUAUCUGACCAAUGUAAGCACCCUUAUGGGCUGCUGUGCUAUUUAGUAGUUAAAACAGGGAGUUGGAAGUCAGGAGAGUUAUUCUCUUCUCAUAUGCCAUUGACUCCUUGCAUGACCUUAGACUUAUGUCCCUUAUUUUUCCCCACGUGUAAAAUAGGAAUAAAGUUAAUAGUGCAAUAAUUACCACUGGAAAGUACUCAGUUUAAGUUCUCUAGAUAAGUGAAAAGUAUCAGCCUUAACUACAUACUCAAAUAUCCUUUUGUAACACAGAACAACGAUUUAUAGAGGCCAAUUUUCAUAGCACCUCAAGAUCUUGGCUACAUGAGUCCAUUGAUCUUGAAACUGCACAUUCUAAAAAUGUACCCAUAAGAGUGGAUACAGAUUAGUUUGAGAGUGCCUAUCUGAAGAUAGAAGAUGCAGGUAUGCGUAGCAGCUGUUUUGCAGCUCUUGUAUGUAGUAACAGAAGGCAUUGUAUGAUUAGAAAUAGAAGCUUAAAUUCACCAAAAUAUAAAACAACCUGCACACAAUAGCCUUCAUUGACGGCUGUGAGUGAUGAAUUUGAAAUUAUUUUCAAUGCAUUUAUUCUUUACUACUGCAGCAAAUUUAAUUCUUCACAGACAGACUGCCUCCUUCCAUCCCACACACAACUCUCUUGUGAAAAGAGUUUAGGUUUCCAAAAUUAGGCAUCUGUGUAUUAGCAACUGCCAUCAAGAAAUUCUGUUUUGAAAGACUAUUCCCAAACCUACAAGAUAUUGCAUGGAUACAAACACUUAUCUGCUACACUGUUGGCACUGGACUCAAGCUUUCUUUCCUGGUGAAUUAAGCCCGAUCUUGCUGACAUUAAAAAUUCUUGGUCUUGAAA